GUUUCCUGUGUUUCCUUUGGCACGGUAGCCUAGAUAAACCUUUUUCGUUGCAGCUUGGACCACACUUAGUACGUAGGAAAAUUGAAGAAUAUCUUCUUCCUUCCACCGGCGCGCUUUCAACUCGCAAAGAUGUUGCUAUCAUUUGUGGCUGACUACUUUCCGGAGGCCUUGCUAGCCUUCGAUCAAGUGCAUCUCUGGUUGCUGGAGAAUCUGCACUUUCUCUCUCGGUGCCUGGCCGGCAGCUUGGUGGGUUUCGUGCGGAACUUCCUUGUCGUCUUCCAAACUUAUGUUAUGCCAACUCUGAACCUUUACGUUUUGCCGCCGAUGGGAAUUGGUCUCGCUUGGCUGUCCCGUUUCGUCUCCACCGUUGCCGAAGACGAGGCAGUGGCUGGCAAGGUUACAAUUUGGCAGGUACGUCCUUUUAUUUUAGCUGAGUCUUCAUCUUCUCGAUUCUGAUUCAUCAGGUACGGGCACGGCUAUCGUCACGAUGAAUCUCACGCGCACAAGAAAUCGCAUGAAUUCGGACGCUGCCGUAACGGGAUAAAAUCCAGAUCCAGUGGAGAUGGAUGUACCCUCUGUAAUUACUUUGCAGGUCCGUCUUUCUCCAGCGGACAUCGAUGCCCGCGUGAAGACAGUCGAGAGUCUGUUGGACUUCGGGGACAAUGGGGACUUGGCACUGGGCUUCUUGUCGUGCUACAUCAUGGUUUCUGUGUCUCUGUCUCCGUUUAUCGUGGCGUGCGUGUACGGGCUGCGGGUGUGGCGGCUGCGACGCAAGCAAAAGGCACUUGCGGAGACGUGGAGCGCUGCGCGCAGCACGCUGGACCACCACUUGCAGCGCAUUGAGGAAAAGCAGCUGCCGCGCGGAAGCGAAGCGAAAAUCGACGAACUUGUUCAGUGCGGGGAACACGUGAUUGCCUCCUUGGGCAGUGGGGAGCCGACUUUGCUACGCUCUAAGGAUCACGAACAAAGCACGUUGACAAAGAGAAAAAUCGACACAGAUAGUACUGAUGGCAGUGCCGAGCAGCACGCGGAGAUGCGGGAUCACGAGUCGGAUCGUGGGUCGGCCCGCCAGGAAAAUCACUCUGCAAGGGCCGCCCCCUGCAGGAGCUAUCGGCGUCUACUGUUGAACCUUGCCAAUCGGGCGUUCGUUUGCCGGCGACGGCCCGUCGUGAUGGUGCAGGUUCGCGACUUUUCCGCUGGGUAUGGGGAGACCUUCCGUUUGGUCGCCCUGGAGGAGGGGUCGGUCACGGUGGAUGCGGUGCGAGCGAAAGCUCAUGAGAAGGCGAUUCGUGGCUCGCGAGAAGGUCCGCUGAUGUGGAUAGAUGACGGCAACACUAUCGAGAUCUCUUGCGACGAAGAUCUUCGCCUCUUGCUCUUGCAUCGGAAAAACAGUAUCCCACGCUUGUGGUUCAAGCGGAAAGCCGAAUGAAAAAAUGAUUCAAAUUAUUGGUUGGCUCGAUCUCGAAGCCUGGGAGGCAUGAGCACAACCACACAGAUAUCUAGUAUUGACGCCUCUUAGUUUUACUCAGGGCCAGGAGGCUUGUCCUCCGACUGACAAGAAACCUCUGUACAUGAGGCAAAGAAGAAAGAGGAUCGCGACCGAGCAUUUCUUCUAUUUUGUUUACCGGAGGAGCUCCGCACGGGGCUGAGAGCAUUUCCACCUCGCGCGUUGUUGUUGGUUUUUGUCACGUUACGUUACCCGCCAG